AUGGAGGUUGACGAAGAGUUGUCAUUGUCUGAACAAAUUUUCAGCAUUUGUAAUUCGCUUGGGAAAUAUGAACAAGUUAUAGGAAAUGACAAUAAUGUCACUCAAAAGUAUCAUAUAGGAGAAGAAUGCUUAGGUUGUCUCAAAGAUAUGAAAGAAAUCCUUCGAUAUGAGGAUCACACAGCUCUUGAAGUGUAUUGCGAACUUUGGAAGUUAAAAAUUUUAGAAAAGGAUCUAAUUCCAAUAAUCAUGUUAAAUAAGGAUCCAUAUGACAGUACACAAAGCCGUUUAACACUGGCUUGUAUUGAAAUAAUAGUUCCUAUGACAUGGCCUCUUUAUUUAUGUCCUGAAAUUGACAUUUUGGAUGAGGAGGAUGUCGAUAUUUCGCAAAUUAAUCGUGCAACAAGGGAACGUGCAAAAUCACAUUAUGAUUAUAAAGUAACAUUUACUCAAAAUCCUGAAACGUUAAGGAUAAUACAUAGUUUUCUCAAGUCGUUUCUAUUAGUGGAAAAGAGUGAACGUACGCAGAAAGACAACAUGAAUAUACGUCUUUUGAUGCAUUUAUUCCGAAAUUUGGUUGCUAUUAAAGACCCAGCAGAUUACAAUAUACCGCGAACUACUUUACAGAACCAAUUAAUUAUUUUGUAUGAAAAAGAAGGAAUUUUUGAAACUCUUUUCAAUCUUGCUUCCAAUAAUAAAGAACUAUCGCAAUGGAAUACGACAAUUCAAGAGAUCUUUUAUCAUGUAUUUUAUGAUAUAGAACCACAGUCCUUAUUAAAGAGUCCCAAAGAGGAAGCAGAAACAAGAGCAAAAAAAUUAUUAGAUGAAGAGCAAAUUAAAAAAUCGAAACAUCAAAAUAAAGACUCUCGAUAUAAUGGAUCUGUCUGGAUUAAAGUACCACCGGGGAAGGAUUUAAUUAUCCACAAACGUGAUGGGGUGCAAGGAAAUGGGCCAAAAGUUUUGGAUACUCUUAAAAAGAAGAAAUACGAGAAAACACGGCUUUCGGAUGAACUCGACAAAAAAAGAAAAAAUUCUAUUAUUCAUGAUCAAGAAGCAUAUCAAUGCUUUAAAUCAAUAGCGAUCCAAUUCUUUACAAAAAUAUUUAAUGGCAUAGAAAAACUCGAAUCUGUACAAGAUGAACAUCCUCUGCACUCUGUCCAUUUUUUCUAUAUUGUGUGGUUCUUUCUUGAGUUUCGAAAUCUUUUACAAUAUGAUACGUCAUCGACAGCAGUAUAUGAACCAGAGUUUGAAGAACUUAUAAAUUCAUAUUAUAGUUUUGAACUAGUUUGUUCUAUCAUGAACUAUGAAGGAUUCAUAUUAGUGUUUGAAACGAUUGCUUUUUUCAAACAUAACAAGAGAUGGUCGGAUUUGCAUUUUGGAUUAGAUUGCUUGAGACAAAUGUUGCUAACUACACGAGCGAUGAAAAGAUUUGACGACAAGCAGAUACGUUACAAAGCAGAAUAUAUGCUUAACAAAAUUUACUACGAGGAAUAUAAUCUGAGGAUGAUGUUGUCGCUUGCUAAAGAUUUUAAAGAUCAAUCAUUUGGGUACCUACAAAGUUUAAUUGCCACUAUCCACGUUCUUUUUGAAAGGCUUGAAAGUUGUUCAGAAACUACCUUCGAGAUUCAAGAAGUUUCAAGAACUAAGCAGAGAACGAGUUUUGAAAUGGAGAUAGAUGAUGCAAAUGAUUAUUAUGAAGACGUUAUAGAAUAUGUUAAAGUAAAUAGGGAAGAUUCUAAAGCACAUAAACUUGUUUUUGAAGAAUAUCAGAUGGGUCUUGCUAACGAAUCCAUAAUAUCGACAUAUUGUUCUUUGUUAGAGUAUUACGAGAGAAUAGACUCUGAAUGCUUCUAUCACAUAACAACAGCUUUUCAUCGAAUCAUUAUUCGUUGUUCAGCUGACACUAUCUUCUUUAAGCUUUCCAUUUUAGAACUUCUGAACCGUAUAUCAAUUUAUUUCGAAGGAUUACAAAAAUUGUCAACAUCGCAAAACGAAUUCAGAGAUUUUAUUAGGCUUAUAUCAGAAAGUUUUUUUAAUUACGCUGAAAAGAAUGAUUUGAUAUAUUGCGAGGUUUUCUGUCCCAAAACAUCGCAUAAUUGGAAAUGCUUGAAAUAUGGUUAUGAUUUCUUUGAUGACAUUAUAUCAGUAAGCCGAAAG